AGCAGAUGUUUCAGAGUAGUUCAGUCAGAAGCGAAAGGACUUUUCCUUGGAAGGCAUCCCUCAGAAAUUGCUGAAACAUGAAAGAAAUCAUAUUCGUAGUUGUUCUAGUUACCUUGUACUUGAAUGAAAUUUCUGCGUGGGGAUUCAAGGAUGGAGUACUACACAAUUCUAUCUGGCUUGAACAAGCAGCAGGAGUCUAUCACAGAGAAUCUCGAAAUGGAAAAUACAAAUUAACAUACAGAGAAGCUAGAGCAGUAUGUGAAUUUGAAGGAGGACAGUUGGCUACAUAUGAACAACUCGAAGAAGCAAGAAAAAUAGGUUUCCAUGUUUGUGCUGCAGGUUGGUUACAUAAAGGAAGAGUUGGUUACCCCAUAGUAAAACCAACAUUCAAUUGUGGCUUUGGAAAAAAAGGGAUAAUUGAUUAUGGCUUUCGGUUAAACAAGAGUGAAACAUGGGAUGCCUACUGCUACAAUCCCAAUGCUAAAGAAUGUGGCGGCGUGCUGACAGAACAAGAGAGAGAUAUUAAAUCACCUGGAUACCCUGAUGAGUAUGAAAGUGAUCAGAUUUGCUACUGGCAUAUUAGGCUCAAUUAUGGUCAACGUAUCUAUAUAGAGUUCCUGGAUUUUGACAUUGAAGAUGACACUGAUUGUCUAUCAGACUACUUUGAAGUAUAUGAUAGUUAUGAUGAUGUCCAUGGAUUGAUAGGAAGGUUCUGUGGUGAUGAACUCCCUGAUGACAUCAUUAGUACAGGAAAUGUCAUGACUCUUAAGUUUUUGACAGACGGCUCUAUCACCGCAGGAGGAUUUAAGCUGAAGUACAGCGCUUUGGAUCCACAUUCAAAAUUUCAAGAUGGAACAAACGUUACCUCAACUCCUGAAACAGACACUAACUUUCUUCAUUAAACUUUUGGACAUAAACAACAAUAGUCUUCUAAAAUGUCUUCUAAUGUGAUAAAAACCUUGUGUACUUCA